CGCUCCUCAUCGCUGUCCGCGAACCAGCCAAUCGCACGGACGCCACGUAGGAUAUUCGAAUGGCAACUCCUCGCUUCACAUUCCGCGCAGAGAAACGAGGCUCCAAAUUCAAAUCAACGCAGUCGCACGCCGGCGACGAGCGCGAGGGGCGGAGCCUGCCGGCGUGAGCGGGACGCGCGGCGCGGUUGCCCAGGAGAAAGGAAGGCGCUCCAGUUCCGGGUCAGGCCCUUCUCCCGCCUACCCGGCCUCCGCCAUGGCGAGCAGCGGCGGCCCCGGGGCGGCAGCCGCGACGGCCGCGGCGAAUCUGAAUGCCGUGAGGGAGACCAUGGACGUUCUGCUUGAGAUUUCAAGAAUUUUGAAUACUGGUUUAGAUAUGGAAACUUUGUCCAUUUGUGUACGGCUUUGUGAACAAGGAAUUAACCCAGAAGCUUUAUCGUCGGUUAUUAAGGAGCUUCGCAAGGCUACUGAAGCACUAAAGGCUGCUGAAAAUAUGACAAGCUGACUUUCUGGAGAAACUGAUGAGAAAUGUCAAGGUCUGCAAGACGAUUUGAAGAUGGCUUUGUAGACAAGAAUGUACAAUGAAAUUAUUGCAUGCAUCAAUGUAGAAAAAUUUCCCUUUUUAAAAGAAUUAUAAAACCAUAGCUUUAUAAAUCAGUGGAAAGUGGCUUACAGAGAGAACUAUCAGAUGUGUUUACAUCAGAUCUGACUUUUUUUUAACAGCUGUAAUGCUUUGGCAUUGCUAUGUUCAUAUUUACGUAUUCCUCUGAUAGCUUUAAUUUUCUAAGCAGUCGUCUAUCAGUUGUGCACGUCUGCCUGGUUGAAGUAUAGUGGAACCCAUCAGUAGUGAUGUGUAGUAGUUAUGACUUGUUGACAUUUCCAUUAUAAACUUUAAUUUUGAAUUGUUUAUGCAUAAAAACUGGAUUUAUGUUGUAUUGGGCUGGAAGUUGACAGCAUUUCAGCUACCAUUUGUGAAUUUUGAUUUAGAUUCAUUAUGUAUAUCAGAAUCUUGUUUUUUAAAAAUAAGAGCAUGGAAAACAUUUCUAGUCAUUUCCUCUUCCACAAAGAAGAUUUAGUUUUUUAAACAAUGUGUUGGGGGCGGCACUUGUGGCUCAGUGGGUAGGGUGCUGGCCCCAUAUACUGAGGGCGGCAGGUUCAAACCCAGUGCCAGCCAAACUGCCACAAAAAAUAGGCAGGCAUUGUGGCGGGUGCCUGUAGUCCCAGCUACUUGGUAGGCUGAGGCAAGAGAAUCACCUAAGCCCAGGAGUUGGAGGUUGCUGUGAGCUGUGACGCCACGGCACUGUACUGAAGGCGAUAAAGUAAGACUCUGUCUCUUAAAAAAAUAAUAAUUAAAAAAAAACCACUUUGUUGGGCAGUUAAUAGUGUAAACUAGAUCAUUUUUGUACUGCUUAAAAAAUAAAACUUUUUAAAACUUUAAUUUUAAAGGAAAUUGCAGUGCUUAGCUUAGCAUUAUUUGUAGUUUGAAUGAUCUAAAUCUAAUGAAAAUGUUGAGAGUUUUUUUUUAUUAUUAAAUCAUAGCUGUGUACAUUAAUGCGAUCAUGGGGCACCAUACACUGGUUUUAUAUACCAUUUGACAUAUUUUGAUCACACUGGUUAACAUAGCCUUCCUGGCAUUUUCUUAGUUAUUCUGGUAAGACAUUUAUAUUCUACAAUUUGUUGAGAAGUUUUUUAAGUUUGUUUGUUUUUUUUUGAGACAGAGCCUCAAGCUAUCGCCCUGGUAGAGUGCAGUGGCAUCACAGCUCACAGCAACCUCCAAUUCCUGGGCUUAAGCGAUUCUCUUGCCUCAGCCUCCCAAAUAGCUGGGACUACAGGUGCCCGCCACAACGCCCAGCUAUUUCUUGGUUGUAGUUGUCAUUGUUGUUUGGCAGGCCCGGGCUGAAUUCAAACCCGCCAGCUCUGGUGUAUGUGGCUGGCACCUGAGCUACCAGUGCCGAGCCUUUUUUAAGUCUUACCCUAUGAAUGAAGGUCUAAAAAAAAUGGGAGGGUUAUUAACCUGAAACUUAAAAAAAAAAUAAUAAGAGCUCUUGUUCUUGGUAUAGGUAGCAGUACCCAGGGAGUAGAAAGUACCUCAUUUACAAAGAAAUGUUUGUUUUAAGCUGUCCAGUGACUUUGUGGAAGAACAGCUCAAAAGACUGGCUUUUAUUUAGACUAAAUCAGAAUUCUCCCAGUGGUGAGACGACCAUUUAAGGGGGAAGCUGUUAAAAAAUAUUACAGAAAAAUAUUAUCAGCAGUGAAUAUUACUGCUUCUCGUGACAAUGGAUAAUAGUUGUUGUAAAGAAUAGGUCAACAAAAAUAGGACAAAAGACUGGGAAUAAGAAUAAAAAAAUAAUGUAUGAAAUAAAAUGUAGCCAAUAUGCAAAAUUCCUAUUUACUUUUAUUACAUAAAAGUAAUUUGAUUGCUAACGCAAUAAAUUUUGAAAGAUUAUUUAAUAAAUCACUACUUAGAUGAUAUAUUUCAACCGGUAUUUAAUAUUUUCUGAAGAAAUAGGAAUUUCCAGGCAUUAAACAAAAACUAAUCUAAUAUUCUGUAUCAGGAAUUGUAAGUAUAGCCUUUUGAAAUAAUUUUUUGUGUCAUUUUUCUCCUUAAAGCUUUUACUCAUUAAGGUGAUGAUUCAAAAAUGAAUUUUAGAAAAUUUAAGAUAAUGAUUCUGUUCCUAUACCAGAAUCUCCAUGACUUUUUUGGCAAGACUUACGGAUUUAAUAAGAUUUUAUUGUUUCUUAAAUGUUAGAUUUUGUUAGACACCAUUUAAAUGAUGGAUGGUACCAACAUUCAAUCUUUAGUAGCAUUUUUUGUUUCUCAGACAAGCUGAGUAGUGUUUUUUGUUUUUGUUUUUGUUUUGUUUUUUUGCAGUUUUGGCUAGGGCCAGGCUUAAACCCACCACCCCCGGUAUAUGGGGCCGGUGCCCUAUUCCUUGAGCCACAGGCACUGCCCAAGCCGCAGUAAUUUUAAUAAGAUUUAGUGAUAUUUAAAUGGCAACCUUCUCUGCUAUUUUCAAAUUAAUCUAGGCUUUUGACCAUUUUGACUUUUUAAAUGUGUGACAUUUGUACCAAGUGCAUUGCAAGGUCUGUUACUGGUGAACAGGUUAGGAGACAGGAAGAACUUAUGAUAAGUCACUUGAUAAUCACUGCUAAUACAGCAUGUUUUUAUUUAUAAAAUCAUAAAGAGAACAUUUGUUAACCUCCAAAAUUUGUAUAUACUUCUAGGCCAUAGAGUUGAUUUAUUUAUGACUUUGUAGAUUAAGUUAUUUAUGUAUGAAACAAAGCAGGAAAAUAUAUUGAGAAAGGAUAUUGUUUACAGAAGACUUCUUUAAUGUGUCACAAUUCUUAAAUGUAAACAUAUAUUUUUAAUGCAUACUUAAGUAAUAUUUAAGAAACCACACAAAAUAAUGAUAACAGUUGCAGUAUUGUGCUUCUUGUCAAUGAUAAUAAUAAAACCCUUUUGGUGGUA